ACCUAAAAUUAGGUGUUCCUACUCAGCAGACGCUGAACCAUCGUGCAGUAAGCAGGCACUUACUCACAGUAUAUUGAUAGCUACUCGGAUGAUGAGUGGUAUACUCAAGUAGCUACUGACUGGACCUGGUUGUCGAUCGACCAUUUCCUCUAAUUGUAUACUAAUUUGAAGCCUGGUCUGGUUUUUAUUAUGACGAUUUCCAUCCUAUUCUUUACUAUCAUUUUUGGAUCUUAUUCCUAGCAACCAACUAUCAGCCUCCUCUGCAUAUAUUCCCCUCCAUAGAAACAUAUACCCUUGUUCUUUCUUCCUACCUUUAGCAUUGAAUGGAUUUCCAUCAAGGAUGACUAGGUAGCAUCGUGAUGGGGUUAAUUCACAACCUCUGGCCUAUGUUUUACCUAAUACUACCACCACCACCACCGAUGACAUCUACACACUCUUCUUUCUUUCAGGGGGAAGAGAAGGAAUGGAACAUAUGUAACUAUUUUCUCCCUAGUCUAGUGAAUGCCUCCCACUGGAGCCUUUUUUCUUCUUUCUCUCCUCAUGUUAUCUUCAGUCUUCGCGAGUCCUCUGCAGUCGACGACGACGAGCGCGCCUACCCAUAUUGGCAGAUACGAGACUCACUGCCUUUUCUGUCUCCUUACUGGCCUACCUAUUUAUCCCUGCUUCUCUCUUUUUCUCUUUUUCAGCCAUCUCAUGGAUUGUUUUUGACAACACGAUGGGAUCUUAUGGUCAAGAUUUCGCCUGCAAUGGUAACACUGACUCGCAAGGAAUUAUGGGCUCUCCUGAUAUGGAAGCCAUCACUAUUCCUAGGAUUCUUUAUGAUGGGCUUCUCCUUGAAUCUUUUCAUCUCAGUGCGUGCAAUGCCCUUGAGUUGCAGACCUUUUCCAUACUAAAAAAAAAAAUACAGCUAAGUUGAAGGAUUCGCUUCUUGAUGGAGGGUUGCCACAAGAGACACUUGAUCUCCUGAUAUAUGGUCCUGAUUCUUCGGUCACUGCCUCUAUUACACGUACAGGGCUACCUGUCGGCCACA